UGUUGACGAUGGAAGGUCCUGACAUCUUCUUGCCACAUCUCGCCGAGCUCCAAAGCAGCCAUGAUGAGGUUGAAAUGCCGGACUUGGAAGGUAUUGAGUUCCCUGAAGCCAUUGAGGCUGCCAAGACAUCAGUUGACUCAAGUGAUAUGCUAGCCUUCAAUGGCCUAGACAGUGGAGAACCUUCAGGAGGCUUGCCCAAUACCAAGCUGGUGUUGACGAUGGAAGGUCCUGACAUCUUCUUGCCACAUCUCGCCAACCUCCAAAGCAGCCAUGAAGAGGUUGCAAUGCCGGACUUGGAAGCUAUUGAGUUCCCUGAAGCCAUUGAGGCUGCCAAGACAUCAGUUGACUCAAGUGAUAUGCCGGCCUUCAAUGGCCUAGACAGUGGAGAACCUUCAGGAGGCUUGCUCAAUACCAAGCUGGUGUUGACGAUGGAAGGUCCUGACAUCUUCUUGCCACAUCUCGCCGAGCUCCAAAGCAGCCAUGAUGAGGUUGAAAUGCCGGACUUGGAAGGUAUUGAGUUCCCUGAAGCCAUUGAGGCUGCCAAGACAUCAGUUGACUCAAGUGAUAUGCUAGCCUUCAAUGGCCUAGACAGUGGAGAACCUUCAGGAGGCUUGCCCAAUACCAAGCUGGUGUUGACGAUGGAAGGUCCUGACAUCUUCUUGCCACAUCUCGCCAACCUCCAAAGCAGCCAUGAAGAGGUUGCAAUGCCGGACUUGGAAAUUGUGCAGAUCUAUCAGGAGGUCUCAGGGGCCAUAGAGCAUCCACACAGUGAGGAGCUCCAGAUAUUGGACCGUAGACAAUGGAAAACCUCCAGAGGUCUUUCCCAUUUCCAAGUGGCAAAUGUGCAGAGCUGUCAGGAGGCCUUAGGAGCCACAGAGCCUCCACAGUGUGAGGAGAUCCAGAGUUUGGACCCUGAAACUUCACUCAUGGAAUCUCAAUCCCUGGACGUCAUUCCAAGUGUUGCCAGUGAAAUGUCUCCAGCUCCCCAGGAGGUGACUGAAGCUAUUGAGUUCCCUGAAGCCAUUGAGGCUGCCAAGACAUCAGUUGACUCAAGUGAUAUGCCAGCCUUCAAUGGCCUAGACAGUGGAGAACCAUCAGCAGGCUUGCCCAAUACCAAGCUGGUGUUGACUAUGGAAGCUCCUGACAUCAUCUUGCCACAUCUCGCCAAGCUCCAAAGCAGCCAUGAUGAGGUUGCAAUGCCGGACUUGGAAAAUGUGCAGAUCUAUCAGGAGGUCUCAGGGGCCAUAGAGCAGCCACACAGUGAGGAGCUCCAGAUAUUGCACCGUAGAAAAUUGAGAACCUUCAGAAUGCGUUCCCAUUUCCGAGCUAAUUGUGAUAUUGGAGGGUUCAGGCAUCAUGCUGCUGUAAUGCCGGACUUGGCAAAUGUGCAGAGCUGUCAAGAGGCCUCUAGAGACAUAGAGCACCCAAUCCAUGAGGAGCUCCAGAAAAUGUCCCCUGAAACCUCACUCAUGUUAUCUCAAUUCCUGGUAAUCAUUCCAAGCGAUGCCAGUGAAUUUAAUCCAGCUCCCCAGCAGAUGACUGAAGCUAUUGAGUUCCCUGAAGCCAUUGAGGCUGCCAAGACAUCAGUUGACUCAAGUGAUAUGCCAGCCUACAAUGGCCUAGACAGUGGAGAACCAUCAGGAGGCUUGCUCAAUACCAAGCUGGCAGAGACUAUGGAGGGUUCUGGGAUCUCCUUUCCACAACUCACCAAGCUCCAAAGCAGCCAUGAAGAGCCUGCAUUUUCGGACUCAAAUGUGCAGAGCUGUCCAGAGGCUCCAGGAGCCUCGGAGCCUUCACAAUGUGAGGUGCUCCAGAAAAUUACCCCUGAAAACUCACUUAUUGUAUCUCAGACACUGGACAUAAACCCUGGUGAUGAAAGUGAUAGCAACGAAUCAGUUCCACUGAAGAAGGGGGACUCAAGUCAGGAUUCUUCAUUCUGGGGACCCCGGCUCAAAAAACAUUGGAAAGCAGAAAAAUGACACAGUGAUGCAUCGGUCCUAGACGAAGAAGAAAGAUUGCAGAAAGACACAGCAGAUACAAUGCAAUUGAGGAAAAAAAAAGUGCAAUUUAAAAAAGUGCAAUACAUAUUGUGCAAUUUAAAAAACAAAAGUGCAAUAUAAAAGCAUGUGUUUUGAGUGAAUUUUAGCUUUUUCAAAUGUAAAAAAUAUUAAUAAAAACUUAU